AUGAUCGUCCAGAAAACAUGGCCACAAUACAUCGCAGUACGCGUCCUUAUCGUCAUUAUGAGGGACAUAGGCUUCUUAGGCCUCACAUACUUUUAUGGCAUGUUUGCGCUUGGCGGCGUUGAGGCCAUCUCUCACCCAUUCUCUAUCGUCGUCGAAGUGGUUGCCGCUAUUGAGAUUCUGUUCUAUUGCCUUUUCUUUUUACCCUACAAAUGGCGUCUCCAGAGUUGGAAGCCUUACCGACCUCCACGAAUGAGUCGAGCACAGCGCGCUCGUCUAUUCCACAAGGCAUUGAGCCUGGUGCCGGACGGAGAGGAAUUCGUACGGAAGUGGAUGCUCAAUGCGCACAUGGAGGACAUUCGUCGAGACAACCUGAAGGACUGGCUAUUCUGGGCACUGUUCGAACAAGACACCAUGGUUAGCCGACCAACCAAGGAUGCUGAUCAAGAAAUCGAACAAUAUAUCGACGACGCGGAAGAGAAACUCGGAAUCAAGCUGAGUCCAGGCAGAGGAGACGCUGAGGCAUUGAGGCUUAUGUUUGAUCCUGUCAUUAUUCAACAUCGCAGCUUACUCUACUAUUUGAUUAUUUGGUUGCUCGAUACCUUGAUGACAUUAUAUCUCCUAUCACAAGGGUACCGCUAUUACAGACAACCCCCUUCAACCUUUUUCAAAAUCUUCCCGCUCCGGAUCAUCAAUCUUCUCCCAUUCGCCCACUCUGCCACCAAUGGAAUGUCGUACUGGUGUCGCCCACAUCGUUCUACCACAAAACGGCCAAUUGUCUUCCUUCAUGGCCUGGGCAUCGGUCUAAUUCCUUACAUGUUUUGGCUUCAUACUAUACCCAAGGACGUCGGCAUUCUUGCCGUCGAAAUGCUGCCAGUUUCAUCCCGUAUUACGACGUACCCACUUGCAUCAACUCCCGAACUCUGCGAUAUGAUUGCGAAAUGCGUGGCGCAGCAACGAGCUUCCCAAACGGCUACUUAUCCAGGAGAGAAGGGGGCGUGGGACGACUUCGUUCUCAUUGGCCAUAGUUACGGGACACUACUGAUGGGACCAUUGUUACAAAGAGCGGAUUUCGCGCCACGAGUAGCGGCGACUAUUUUGAUAGAUCCAGUGUCGCUAUUACUUCAUCUUCCCGAUGUAGCCUUCAACUUCACACGCAGAGAGCCGAAGCCAUCAGUGCGUGGGAGAACAGGGCACGGCAAUGAGUGGGAGAUUUGGUGGGCAAGUGCGACAGAUGCCGGAACAGCACACACCCUUGCACGGAGAUUCUGCUGGCGAGAGUCACUUAUGUGGCGUGAGAUUUUGACCCCCAGCUUGCGCGGCGUUGAGACUGGCCCCUAUGCCUCUCAGUCAGCAGAAGAGAUUGCUAUUUUUGGCAAUGGCGUCCAGGUCGGAAUGCGCAGCACCGUUAUUCUCGGGGGGGAAGAUUGCGUCACUGCAUCUAAGUCGGUGGCUAGUUAUGUGCAUUCCGGAGACGUUGAGUGGUCAUUGGAUGAUGUUGAAACAUGGAAGCGAUAUCAAUGGACUGGAAAAGAGGAGUUGGAGUUGAUGUUUCUAGAUGGAAAGGACCAUGGACAGAGCAUCAUGGUUCCUUUUCCUCACAAGCCAAUACAAAAGGUCAUCUACUCGUACUGUCAACGAGACGAUGGAUUUGAGCCUUUUGCCGACAAGUUCAUUGGCGGACCUGAAAGGAUAUCCAGUACGCAAAAAGAGACUACAGAGGUUUUUAGAGUUGAAGAGAACAUAGAUUACCGUAGUCAAUAG